AACCAACCUCACUCCUCUGUCGAUCAUCUAUCCACUGAAUCCCUUCACGACCUGCAAAGAUGGGUCUUGAAGAUUUUGAAAGAGAGCUUGCGGAAAGCAAAGCCCAAGAGGCGCGCAAGAAGCGGGAUAGGAGUCGAAGUCGCGACAGGCAUCACCGUUCGAAGGAUAAAGACCGUGAGCAUCGACAUCGACACCAUCAUUCGUCCCGCCAUCACGGCGGCGAGGACCGAGACGAACGUCCUCGGCACAAGCGAUCGCGACACCACCGAGAGACGUCCGAAGAGCGCGCGCGCCGAAAGCGAAGAGAACGCGAGCGAGGUGAGGACUAUGAGAAGCGCUCAGGGCAGAAGCACAAGGACAGGCGAAGCCGCUCACCGUCGAGCGACGAAGAAGAGCGCAUAAGUCGGAAGCGCAAAUCGCGCCAGGAUGAUUAUGAGGAAGACUCUCCGUCUGAGAAUGAACCCAUGGAUAAGGAUUAUGCGCCACCAGAUAACGAUAUCCUAGAUCAACAGCUUGAGGAGGCCGCGGAUGCGAACCUGCAGCGCGAUUCUUGGAUGGAGGCGCCGUCUUCUUUAGAUGUAGACUACGUGCAGAGGAAGAAGAGGGAGGGGAAGAGCACCUUUGUGGCAUCUACAGAGACGCAGCAUGCGCUGAAGAUUCAUGAGGCAGAGCUGAGCCAUCACCUGAAGGAUGUGAAGGAGGACGAGGAUGCGAUUGAGGAGGAGCCUGCACAACGGGAUGUGCCGUACACUUUCGGAGAUGCAGGAUCUCAAUGGCGCAUGAUGAAACUUAAGGGCGUCUAUCGGAUCGCGGAAGAAGAAGGUCGAAGUGUGGAAGAUGUCGCGCUGGAAAAGUAUGGUAAUCUCCGAGACUUUGACGAUGCAAGAGAAGAGGAGAUCGAAGUGGAUCGCAGAAAGACUUACGGAAAGGACUACGUUGGUAAAGAGAAGCCUUCCGGUGAGCUAUAUGAGGAGAGGAGAUUAAAGGCCGGCAUCCACAGGCCUCCUCGACGGCCAUCGCAUCCGGAAAGCGAGGACCUACCCCAGGGCGAAGUCGUACCGGAUCCUCGGCCGACCGCAAAUACGGUGAAGCUCAGUCAGACGGAAUUGAACAGACUGAAAGCACAGAUGAUGAAGGCUAAGAUGAAAGGAGCAGCAAACGCCGCCGAGCUCGAAGCGCAGUAUAACGCCGCAGCAGCGGGCCUUGCCAACACCAGGGAGGCCGAUGUCGUGGUCCUGGAUCCAAUGGACAACCGCAUGCUUGCGGGUGGCAGGAAGGGCGAAGUCAAAGAAUUAACGAACAAGAGGGGUCGCGAGCGCGGACUGGUGGUGGAAAAUGAGGACAUGUCUAUUGAGGAUAUGGUCAGACAGGAGAGGCGGACAAAGGGUCAACGCGGCGGCGAAGGCAUGCUUCUCGCGGAGAAGAUUGCCAAAGACGCCAAAUUUGAUAAUGAUCUCGAUUACCUCGACGAAAACGCGACCAAACUCGCUCAACGCGCCCCGAAAUCUACUGUCAAUCUCCGCAAUACCGCAAUUGCAGACUACCAACGCACAAACCGCAUUCUCGACAGCUGCCCGCUCUGUCACCACGAAGACAAGUCUCCACCCCAGCCCCCCGUGGCGCCCAUCGUCUCGCUAGCCACCCGCACCUACUUGACCCUCCCCACGGAACCCGAAAUCAGCGAAGGUGGCGCCAUCAUUGUGCCUGUUCAGCAUCGUACGAACCUCCUUGAAUGCGACGACGACGAAUGGGAGGAGAUCCGCAACUUCAUGAAGUCCUUAACGAGGCUGUAUCAUGACCAAGGGCGGGAUGUCGUAUUCUACGAGAACGCGGCGAAUCCAGGCAGGAAACUACACGCAGCCAUGAACGCCGUCCCCAUCCCGUUCGAGCUCGGCGACACAGCACCGGCAUUCUUCCGUGAGGCCAUCCUCUCCUCUGACGCCGAGUGGUCGCAGCACAAACCCAUCAUUGACACGCUCAAAGCCUCUAGAUCUGGCCAAGGCAGAGCAGCGUUCAGGAAGAGCCUCGCAAAGGAAAUGCCCUAUUUCCAUGUGUGGUUUGAGCUGGAUGGCGGGAUGGGGCAUAUUGUGGAGGAUGAGCGCAGGUGGCCGCGAAGUGAUUUGUUUGCGAGAGAGGUCCUCGGCGGCAUGCUGGAUGUUGAUGUCGAGGUCGUGAAGAGGCAGGGGCGGUGGAAUAAGGGGGAUCGGAGGGUGGAGGGCUUUCGGAAGGGGUGGAGGAAAUUCGAUUGGACGAGGGUGCUUAGUGAUGGGUAGUGAAAAGAUGCUGGCAAGUGCAGCGAAUGGGCCGCAUCUACUCAGGACCCUUAGCAUGCCCUUGUUUAGCUAGGCCUGGCUUCUGGUGAUAGCCGAAAUGGUAUAAAGACGCUUGAGCGCGUUGGUUUUAGCGUCAUGUCUGUCUGAGACGCGGCUUCUAUGUGAAGGCAGUUGAGAUGGUAUUGGGAGAAAAGUUGUUUGAGAUUGUCUUCUUGUCUGACACACCCUGCGCUUCGCCGCGGAACGAAAAACGUCCUCCAAGGCUUCCUUACACGCUUGGUGGUGGCGAUUAGUAAGGAAGGGAAGGAAGGGUAAGGUACUUAGGAGGCAGUAAGAGCUCAGACUCAGACUCCAACUUUCGUACGCAACUACGCACCAUGAACAUAAACGUCCCCACGAACUCGCUCAGC